UAUAUAUUCAACUCCCCGUGCAACGCCUCGCCCUCUCUCUCCGCCUCCCCCAUUCCUCUUCCCCUGCGAUCCGAGGCCGCACCCGCAGCCGCAGCAAGUCACUGAAUCUCAAUCCGGAGAAGCCAUCACCUGAUCAGGCGAGGCCUCGCGAUCUCGCGCAGGAGCGGAGAUGGGGCUCACGUUCACGAAGCUGUUCAGCCGCCUCUUCGCCAAGAAGGAGAUGAGGAUCCUCAUGGUUGGUCUCGACGCGGCUGGUAAGACCACCAUCCUCUACAAGCUCAAGCUCGGCGAGAUCGUCACCACCAUCCCCACCAUAGGAUUUAAUGUUGAAACUGUUGAGUACAAGAACAUUAGCUUCACUGUUUGGGAUGUUGGUGGUCAGGACAAGAUCCGUCCCCUGUGGAGGCACUACUUCCAGAACACCCAGGGCCUCAUUUUUGUUGUGGACAGCAACGACAGAGAGCGUGUUGUUGAGGCCAGAGAUGAGCUCCAUCGUAUGCUGAAUGAGGACGAGCUCCGUGAUGCUGUGCUUCUGGUGUUUGCAAACAAACAAGAUCUUCCUAAUGCCAUGAACGCUGCUGAAAUCACCGACAAGCUUGGCCUGCACUCCCUGCGCCAGCGGCACUGGUACAUCCAGAGCACAUGUGCUACCUCUGGUGAGGGUUUGUAUGAGGGGCUUGAUUGGCUUUCCAACAACAUUGCCAACAAGGCUUGAGGCAUCUUGGCAGGGCUCCAAUGAAUGAAAAUACUUUGGAUGUUGGGAGCACAUAUUGCCUUUACCAUACUGCUAUGCACCAUAUAGUUGUGACUGAGAUAAUGUGGGGGUGUUUUGGGGAGGAUAAGGCUCCUUUGUCAAAGGAGCUAGUUAUCAGAUGUUUUCGUGGGUAUUGUUAAUUGUCCACUCUUCUGUUUUGGUCUGUGCAAAGUUUACUAUAUGUCGUGCUGUGUACCCUUCAGUAUGAGGCGUUGUAGUGUUCGACUUGCCUCUUGGCAUGACUAGCUUAAUGGUCGCGUAGUUUGUUGUGUGCAGCAUAUAUUC